CUCUGUAAGCCGACUUCUGCCUCGUACGUGUAUUUUGUUUUUUAUACUCGUUCAAGUGCCCGUGAAAUUGUUCUAAUCGACAGCCAAAAUGUCCAAGAUUAUUUUAUUACUCGCACUGUUAGUGGCUGUGGCCGCCGCUACGCCACAAUAUCCACCUAAUAUCAUCGAUUUCUGGAGACAACAAAUUUUGGAAGAAGCGACUGAAAAACCAGUAGAAAAAACGUGCAGUCCUUGGAAAGGUCCAUGCCACAGUUACGACGAUUGCUGCCGCAAUUUGCUUUGCUUGUCUUAUGCUGCCAAGUGCGUACCGAAAUUUGGUCUUCAGAUUCCCGGACAAGACACGAGGCCAUUGGGGCCUGGACCAUACCCCCCAUACCAGGGUUAAGAAAAGUUUAAUGUUUUUAAGUCGUGUUCCUAAUAAUUUUGUGAUAGCUCGAAGCGUGCAUACAUUUAUACAGAUUGUUUUUACAAUAAAAUCAUUCCAGAAAA